GGACCUGCGCAGUCUCAUAGUGAGUGGCCUCUGUGGACAGUUGUGGAACUUCUACAUUCUAAUGUAAAUCCUUGAUCUUGAUGUGGCUUUCCAGAGUUCAUCCCAGGUCAUUUGAAAAUGCAGUGACCGCUGAGCAUUUCAGGAUUUGCUGGAGGAGUCUGGACCUGAGGUGUGAUUAUUGUGUUUCAGAACCUACACUCCUGGAGAGAGGGUUGUCAAGUCUUCCGCUCAGAUGGCUGUUUAUCAGCAUAGGGACAUUUCCGGUGAGACAGAACUACAGAUAAUGCUGGUGAAUGUGGCCAAUGCUGCCCUGGUUUGCACAGCUGAUGCAGUUUCCCUUUUUUCCAUCUGCAUUAUAUGGCUCUUUGAUCAGAGUGGAGUUGAUUUCAGAAAGGGAUAUGAUGAAGUCUGAUAUUGAAGAAAACUGCAUAGAUAAUCUUAGUGAGACCACCCAGCUUCCUCUUUCCAUAAAGAAAUGAGCGCAGUAGUUCACACUCCGAAAAGGAGGCACUAGGGCCCUGAGUUAAGAAUCUUGUUUUUUUGUUUUUGACCACACGGGCUGUUACGCACUAAUUUCCUUUAAGACUUGCAAUGAAGUCAGUAAACCACAGCCUUCAGCAGGCGCUCUCCAUGCUGGUGCUUUCCGUUAUGACAUGCACUUGACAUGUCCAUCCUCUGCUUGGCCGGACCAGUCUCUCCCUGUCACGCAACAUGGACCAAAGAGAGAUUCUACUGCAAAACCUGGACAGGGCCCAAAGCAGAAAAUUUAACAGAGAGGAGUUUGCAAACGAAUUUUUGAAGCUGAAAAGGCAAUCAACAAAAUACAGAUCAGACAGAAUAUACCCAACUGCAGCGUCUGAGCAACCAGAAAACAUCAAGAAAAAUCGAUACAAGGACAUCUUGCCCUUUGAUCACAGCAGAGUGGAGCUCUCCCUCAUCACAUCAGAUAAAGAUUCUCAUUACAUAAAUGCCAACUUCAUCAAGGGAGUAUAUGGGCCGAGGGCGUAUAUAGCUACCCAGGGUCCUCUCUCCACCACUGUUCUUGACUUCUGGAGGAUGAUUUGGGAAUAUGAAGUCCUGAUUGUGGUUAUGGCUUGCAUGGAGUUUGAAAUGGGGAAGAAAAAGUGUGAGCGGUACUGGGUUGAGGUGGGCGAUUCACCACUCCAGUGUGGUCCUUUCACCAUCACUUGUGAAUUGGAGGAAAAGAAAACUGAAUAUGUGAUUCGGACUCUAAAGGUGACACUGAACAAAGUAAUUCGCACUAUUUAUCAGUUCCAUUAUAAAAACUGGCCAGACCAUGAUGUACCCUCCUCCAUCAACCCCAUUCUUGAGCUUAUCUGGGAGAUGCGCUGCUACCAGCCAGAUGACAACAUCCCCCUCUGUAUUCACUGCAGUGCUGGUUGUGGGAGAACAGGAGUUAUUUGUGCCAUUGAUUAUACCUGGAAGCUGCUGAAGGAUGGGAUUGUUCCAGAGAACUUCAGUAUUUUUAGUCUGGUCCAGGAAAUGCGCACACAAAGGCCAUCAAUAGUGCAAACCAAGGAACAGUAUGAAUUGGUCUACGAUGCUGUGAUCGAACUCUUUAAAAGACAGAUUGAAGUGCUCACUGUCCAGUCAGACUCUGCUGCCAUAGAGAUUCAAACAAACCAUCCAAGACUCCAGCCACUUCUGAGCCCACUGGAAGAAACUUAUUCUCUGACACUACCAAGCUGUUCAGCGCGAGAGGAACAGGAGCUACAUCAAAGUUCUGAUCAUAUGGCCCAAGGGGAAAUAUCACUGACUGAUGCAUCGAACUGUAGGCCCUCAACAGUACCUGACAACUAUGGGCACAGUGUUCCUCCCAUUAGACAAGCCCUAUCUUCUGGGGCCUUGAACUUCAGCAGCAGCAAGAAUGCAGGUGCCGCUCUGCUGUCUGGGGAACCACUCCAGAAACAUCACAGCUUAGACUUGAGCAGCGUUUUUUCUGACGAGAUUCCUCUGAACCUGAAAUCUACAGCUGCAUGUCAGAGAAACCCUAGUGUCAAGGCCCCAUUAAUACAAACCAAAUCAACUCCCUUUGAGUUAGUGCAGCAGAGAGACACCCAGGAACUGGAUGGAGGGGAUGCUGUAUCCUCUUUGGGCCCCUGGCUACCAAACUCCUGCAGUUCUGUGGGCUUUGAGGUUAAGAAGCAGACUGACUUUUCUUCUGUUGAACUGAACCAUUCAAGCAGACUAGUAGACGCUCCCCCGCGACACAUGAGCAGUGGCCUACAUCCUUCCCCAUAUUGUUGCUCAGCGGAAGACCCUUACUUUUCUUCGCUCUCUUCAGAUGAUCCAGGAUCCCCGAUGUUUAUUGACUACUUUUCAGAGCUGUAUGAAACAGUUUCCCUUUCUUUCCCUGCUGCAAUUUCCACAAUCCAGCCCUUGGAUUCUACCAGGGCCAGUCCUCCAGUGUCAACUCCUCUGUCCCAGCAUGUUCACCCAUUGGAUGACAGGCAGGCAUCCUCGCAGAAAGCAUCUCCAGACCCAGACGAUGAUGUUCCUCCCCCUCUGCCUGAGCGAACCCCAGAGUCCUUCAUUGUGGCCAAUGAAACUGGUCAACCUCCACUGGCAACGUUAAACCACCAACCUGUACCAAGAAAUAUAAACAUUGGAACCUCUUCAGAGUGGAGUGGGGUGCCUCAGCCAAAGAUAUUUGAUGACUCAGUAAGACUGAGGCCAAGUAAGAGUGUGAAGCUCCAGAGCUCCAGAUCAGAGAAACACCGGGAUCGCUCUUCCUCCCCUCCUCCACUUCCUGAAAGAACCCCUGAGUCAUUCUUUCUUGCAGAUGAGGAGAGUCUGCAGCCUACUGUGAGGACUUCCACUAGCAACCCUGGGCAGUCGGGAAAUAAAGCUUCUGAAGAGUCAUCAAAAGAGUCUGUGAAAUGCUUCAGGAGGAGUAAGAGCUUGAAAAUUUUACGAAACAUGAAAAAGAGUAUCUGUAACCCAUCUUCACUGGCAAAACCACCAGAAUCUUCCCAGUCAAACCACUCCAGCUCUUUCUUGAGCUUCGGCUUUACAAAUCGAUUUUCAAAACCUAAAGGACCAAGAAAUCCUCCACCAUCUUGGAAUAUUUAAUUCAACUUUACAGAUGCAUGUGGUUUCCAAUACUGCAGAUUUGCCAUAUCCCUCCGACGUGCUGCACAUGCUCUUCACAUUACAGAAUUGCUAUCAGAACAUUAGCACUAAAAAUGAUCUUUGCUGUAUAAAGUCCACAGCCAGAGAAUAGCAUACAAGCUCUCCUAAAUGGUUUUUGUAUAAAGAGGGAUGCACAAAUGCACAUAAGUUGCUUGACCCUUCCAGUUAAUGUAAACCAAAAACAUUUCAGAGAAAACUUUUUUUUCUUAUAAAACUGUUUCUGAAAACAUGCUAAAAAAUUUUUUGGAGAACUUGUAUAGUUUCUUUACAGUUUAUUUAUUAUAUGACAACGGACCUGAUUCUCCUGUCACAGUAGUAAGUCCCAAUUAAGUCAAUCAAGUGACACUACUGCAAAAUGAUGCUCCCAUCACUUAAGCACAUGCAUAACUUUACUCAUAUGUGUAGUCAUAAUUAAAGAUAUGCAUGUGCUUAAGUGUUUGUAGAUUCAGGCUCUAAGUGAGAAUCAGGCUCUCAGAUUUCAGAACUCAUCUAUUUUCUUAAUGAUUAUAUUAACAUUAUGAUUAUUUCUAUUUGAAUUAAUCAGAUAAUUUGUCUUUCUAAGUUUCCAUCCAAAAAGGAAAAUUAAGAUGCUGACUGUUCAUAUAGGAACCAAACUUGCAUAUGUAAACAUUGCAUAAUCUACUGAAAAAACUCCACAUCAAGCAAAAUGUAAGUGCAUCUUAGUUUGGGCUUUCAUGCUGCAAAUUUUAAGGUGUCUGUAACUUGCCUAAACAAUGCAACACAAAGUUCCAUGCUGACAGUUGGCAGUUAAAUCCCCAACCUGAACAUUUCCCCCCCUAAAAUCGGAAAGCUUGUUUUCUUGCUAAUAAAUGGGGUCAGAUUAAUAUGUUUUGCUCUCUUCUAGAAGAAAACAAAAAGCUGAUUUUUGGCAACAAAUACUGCAGGUAUUUUUAGGGCCACAUAUGCAGUCUCUGGUUCACAGCAAAACCCAGUGAUGAAUAACAGACUAUACAGAACUCAUUGACAUCAAGUUGCUUUGUGGAUCAAAUGCGGGGUAUACCAGCCCUAAAAGUAUCUGCAGCAUUUUUUUUUCAAAGUCAACUAUUUUCUAAGAUAGCAAAAAUUAUUGAAACAACGUGUCUAAUUUAUGAUCAGCACACUGUAUUCCCUAGUUAUCUCCAAAGUGCUAAUGCCACUGAAUUAAAUUGUAUCCCUUUGUUCUGCACUUUUACACUUGUCACAGGGAAGAGCUUGCACUUUACCAGCUGAAAGGGAAUGCUACAGCCACAAGCAGUUUGGAUGAAAGUGGUUUCUGAUAAGGGAACUCCUACGUACUGUGACUUGAUUGUCAUUUAUGCUGAUCCUAUGUUUGGGGCAAGCAUAGAAGGGAGUGGAGCAAAGAAAGCUGCAAGACCUCUUUGUGCUCUUCUAAUUUUGGGACAGCUGGGGCCUGCUUGACCCCCUGUGCAAAGUAGAGCAGCCUUAAGACAAAAAUGAUCUGAUAUCAAAUCAGACAAAUUAAAUUGACAGCAAGCCUUUUAAUUUUAAAAAUACUGACAAAGUAAUAACAAGAAGUCAGACAAAAUCUCAGUGGAGUAUUGAAUCUGUGAAGCAUUUUAUGUGUAUGAAAGAUGCUAUACAAAAUAAAGUUUAUUUAUCUAGCAUACCAGUUUUUCUAUAUAUAUUUUUUACAAGUUUAAAGAGCACUGAAUAUUGCAUGCUUAUCUUUAGAGUGCCUUGCACCAUUGCCGGCACUGUAUAAAUAAAAAAUAAAGUAUAAUUUUAUGUUUAUCGAAGUGCCAAUAGCUAGACUCCCAUUACUAGUAUUAAAGUCAUAUGGAUAGGGAGUGCCAUCUACACGAGAGCAAAAAUGGGAGUAACCAAACAGAUUAAGGGCUCAUUUGUAUCACAAACACAACUGAGUCAAUUCAAUUAGUUACGCAUAGUCAUGGACAUUGCAAGGUUUUAGCCUGCUUAUACAACCAAAUGAAAUCCCAUCCAUUUUACAAAUAUUCAGUGUUUUGUAAUUGUAUCCCUUAAUUUUUGCUGUAAUGUAGACAGGCCCUUACAGAAAAUCAAAUCUUCAUUUUUCAUUUGUAUUCAAAGGAUAGAACCAUUCCUCUUAUUCCCAUAUUAGUUAUUUUUAUUAUUUUAGUGCCUACAAUCCCUAGUCAUGGACCAGGACCCCAUGGUGCACUGCUAGACACUGUACAAACACAAGACAGUAAUAUUGUUCCUGCCCCAAUGAUGAAAGAUGCCCUAAUCCAGGGGUCCC